AUGGCCUGCCCUCAGAAGCCAAGCCUGCCCGCCCACCUCGCCCAGGAGCCGAGCGACCUCCCGCCCAACACGCACCCUCUGCCGCGCACCGGCCAGCUCGCCGCCCUCCUCACGGGCCUGCGCAACAAGGAGACGUCCCGAGGCGCGUUCGUCUUCUACGCCGACCGCGUCAACCGGCUCCUCGUCGAGGAAGGCCUCAACCACCUUCCUGUUCUCGAGAAGUGCCUCGAGUACAACGGCGUCGGGUUCGAGGGCAAGAUCUGCGGCGUGUCCAUCAUGCGCGCCGGCGAGAGCAUGGAGGCCGGUCUGCGCGAGUGCUGCCGUGCCGUCCGGAUAGGCAAGAUCCUGAUCCAGCGCGACGAGGAGACGGCCCUCGCCAAGCUGUUCUACGCCAAGCUGCCCGAGGACAUCGCCGACCGCUACUGCCUCCUCCUCGACCCCAUGCUCGCGACCGGCGGCUCUGCGAUCAAGGCGAUCGAGGUCCUGAUCGACCACGGCGUGCCGCAAGAGCGCAUCAUCUUCCUCAACCUCGUGUCGUGCCCCGAGGGCCUGCGCGCCAUGUACGACGCGUACCCGCAGGUCAAGAUUGUCACGGCCUGGGUCGACGAGGCGCUCAACGAGCAGAAGUACAUCGUGCCCGGCCUCGGCGACUUUGGCGACCGCUACUUCACCUCGCGGUGA